GCCAAAAGAAAUAAGGAAUGUUGGGAAGAUUGUCAAGAUGGGGAAAAGCUCAGCAUCGCUUGCCCUGCCCCAAAGGCGAGCAGAAUGUGGUCACACCGUGUUCUGCAUCCAUAAAGGAGUCAAGACAUUCUCUUUCUGUAGGAGAAAAAACCUGUUGGUGACAGGUGGGGUGGAUCGAAUCAUCAGGUUCUGGAAUCCUUAUCUGCCAGGAAAACCAACAGGUAUGCUGAGAGGCCACAUGGCGCCUGUGAUGUAUGUACACAUAUCUUCUGAAGAAAGCAAAGUAUUUUCCAUGUCUGCUGAUAACACUGUCAAGAUCUGGGAUCUGGAGACCCAUGGUUGCUGCUUUACAGCUUCUUCCAAAGCCAGUGGUAUCAAGGGAGAACUUGCAGCUUGUCUCUACCUCUCUGGACCAAGAGCUCUGUGUGUGGCCACCGAUGCCCUGGCUUUUCUUCACCUGAAAGUGGGAUCUGUCCCAGAGCCCCACCUGGUACGCUCGCACCAAGAGCCGGUGGUAUGCUGCAGGUACAACCCAGCCUUCAGGCAUGUGGUCAGCUGCUGCGAAGCAUCCGUCGUGAAAGUGUGGGACUUUGAAACUGGAAGACAGGUGUCUGAAUUUAUUGGGACUCAUGGCAAUGCUGGUAUCACCUGUCUGACUUUUGACUCCAGUGGAAGAAGGCUCGUCACUGGGGGCAGAGACGGCUGUCUGAAAAUAUGGAGCUACAACAAUGGACACUGUCUUCACACCCUUCAGCAUGAUGAAAAUCAAAGUGAAGUCUGUGAUUGUACCUACAUGGAGGUGAACCAAAAUAGGUGUGUCAUAGCUGUUGGAUGGGACAGAAGAAUAAAUGUGUAUUUUGACAUACCUUGUGAUUUUCAUCACUUCUGGAAGCCUCAACCCCACUGGCAGGAUGACCUGAACCAUGGCCACAAAGAGGACAUCCUCUGUGUGGCUCAGUGCCCGCCUUUUCUUCUGGCCACCUCCAGUUAUGAUGGAGAGAUAAUAGUGUGGAAUGUCAUCUCGGGCCACAUGUACUGCAAGCUGAACCCUCCCAGCCCCAUGGAUGGCCAGGACCAUAGAGAAGGCCCAGACAGAAGUGUUUCCCAACUCGCCUUCCUAAAGACUCGGGCAACAAAGUUGGACUCUGCAUCUGCUUCUCUCAUAAGCAAUGGGCCCAGAGGUUCUGUCACUUUCUGGAAACUCUUUAGUGAGGCUGGCCUCAUUGCAAACUUCACCCCGUCUAGAGGGAAAGCCCAGGUGAGCAGCAUCGUGGUGACAUCAGAAGACACACUCAUCUAUCUGGCUGACCAUCAAGGCUUUGUACAUGUCUAUGACAUUCAGGAGUAUGGUCUCCAGGGACCAGAGCUUCAGGCACCCAACACAGUGACAUCCUGGAGGGCUCAUGUCGGCAUGGUAACAUCUCUGGAGCUGAUAGAGGGAGAUGGCAUCUUACUGUCCUCCUCCCUUGACUGCACUGUGAGCCUGUGGAGCAAAGACGGCGCGUACAUCGGGACCUUUGGGCAAAAUCACCCCUGGGAUGUUUUCACUCCUGCCUCCUGGAGUCACCCAAGAGUUCCCUUUGAGAUUCUGACAGAUCCUCAGAGCAUGCCCACCCACCUGGUACUGGAAACAGAUGCUCCUGAUGGGUGCUCUGGAGGAUGGCCUGAGCAGGACAAUGUGAUGGAGAAGAAGGUCCUGUCUGAGACUGAAAAGGCCCCUAACCCUCCUCCCUCAGAAGGACCCAUUGUUGAAGCGGAGGUGAAAGAAGAUAAAAGCCAAUGGUCUGCGUUUUGCCCUGGCAGACUGCUACCAGCAGUCAGAAAGCCUCGCUGGAAGAUGCCUGAGCUCAAAUGGCCCAGCAUUUACCAGGCCCUCCAGUGCCACGAGGUUGCCCGUGUGUCUGCUCUCGGGGAGAAGCCAGAUCUGUCCAUCAUUGGCUCUGAUAUGUUCAACAUCAGUUUCCGAAGCCAGGAAAGAGGAGCGGAGCUUCUGGGAAGGAAGGAACUCUCACCCUGGAGCAGUUUCUUGCCUGAGUGCUAA